CUAAAUGAUGCUAUAGAGAAUAUAUUAGUACCAUAAAAUGAAGUAAAUAUGCUUAAAAAAUCAAUCAAAUUGCUGAUAUCGUCAAAGUGAUUACUCUUUCUGAAUAUGCAAUAUGCCCUAAAUUUAUAUGUUCUUCAGCAAUUGUAUCAGUGUAAAUGUAAAUAAGCGUUUUGCAUGUUCAAUUGACUUCUUUUAGUCUGAAAUUGGGUGAAUAUCGAUCGUUAAGCAGUGCCGUUUGAACAUGUCUGCGUCAAAGAAAGACCAAACAAACGACGGUGACAAGAAUGGCAGGAAACGUAAUCUUCCUUCAUGGAUGAGUUCAAAACAAGCCUCAAGUGGUUCAGGUCAGAGUAACGAGGCCGAAAAUGAAGCAAAAUUUUCUACUUCGACUUCGAGUGGUUCAAAUUUCUCAAAACUUAUGGAAGGGGUUGUAUUUGUGCUAUCAGGUUUUGUCAAUCCCGAGCGUGGUACAUUAAGGUCCCAUGCUUUAGAAAUGGGAGCCAAGUAUGAACCUGAUUGGAACUCGGGUUGCACACUCUUGAUCUGUGCAUUUCCCAAUACACCAAAGUUUCGUCAAGUUGAAGCAGAUAAUGGAACAAUUGUAUCAAAGGAGUGGAUAACAGAGUGUUAUAAAGAACGAAAACUCGUUGAAAUUGAAACCCACCUUAUGCAUGCUGGCAAACCAUGGAGGUGUCAAAGUGUCUCUCAUGAAUCCAGCCAAGAUCAAAAACCAUCCACAUCUAGAAAAUCUCAUAAAAGAGAAGAAAAAAGUUCACCUUUUAAGACAACUACUACUCUUUCAUCUGAGGAGGUACGUUGUGAUGAGGUAAAAGAUGGGUUUUCUCCUUCUAAUGUGAAAAAAUGGGCUAUAGAUGAUCUUAAUCGAACCAUAUCAUGGCUGGAGAAUCAAGAUGAAAGGCCAGAACCCAGUGAGAUGAAGAAAAUAGCUGCUGAGGGAAUUCUAACCUGUUUACAGGAUGCCAUAGAUUCUCUUAAGCAAGGGCAGGAUAUUCGCCAAAUAACUGAGCAGUGGGCAUGUGUCCCUUGGGCAGUUGAGGAGCUGGCAAAGUUUGAUAGUAGUUCUGUUAGUUCAGCUAAACCACGCAAGGAUCUUUGCAGACAAGCUGUGACCUGUAAACAGAUCUAUGAGCUGGAGUACCGAAAUAGAGAAGAUGAUGAACUUUUGAAGAUAAAAAAGCAGAGUACUCGUGUUAGCAGAAAAGCUGGUGACAUUGCCAAUGAUGUUGCAGCAUAUGACAGUGAUGAUACCAUUGAGAUGACGGAAGAGGAAAUUAACCAAGCUUAUAAUGCUGUGGCAUCUACCAUUAUAAAACACUAGAUCCAAGAGUUGUCAUCUGUAGCCUGUUGUAGAUAGUACAAAAACUCAAUUACUUUAGGAGGGUAUGUUGCUCAACCUACCAACUGGCUUAACAGACUUUUUCUUCUUCUUUCAGUUUUCACUUUUUCAAGUUAAUUGCUUGAAUCUUUUUUCCAUCGUGAAAUCCCAGACUAUAUAAAAUUCCCUCGUUUUCUUUUCU